AUGCAUAAUACAUUUGAACUUGAUAAAUAUUUAAGAUCUAAUAUUGAAAAUCCAUACAAUGAUCUUUGCAAAAAAUAUUUACUAGAUAAUAAAGUUAACAUAAAUGUAGAAGAUAUUAAAGAAAUCACUAAAUUAUCAAAAUAUGCAUUUUUUAUUAAAACAUAUAAAAGUGAAUACAUAGUGUCAUUUGUGAUGAAUAAAGAUAAAUUAAAGGAAUUUGAAGUAAAAAAAUUUAAUUUAAUAAUUCUUUGUAGAAAAUAUAAUAAAAUUUAUUAUGAUGUGCAAAUAAUAAACGUUGAUGAUGUAGAAUAA